AUGACGACAAGCGGAUCAUCCAGUACAUCACUAGCCGAUCGUGUACUAUUUCCGGAAAUCCGCCGAGAAGAUAUUGAUUUAGGAGACCAAUUGGGCACUGGCACUUUUGGUGCCGUGUUUAAAGGCACAUGGUCGAGACCGAACGGCCAAAUUGUAAUAGUUGCACUUAAAAAAGUGUUUGUACUCGAGAAGGAGGCGGAAAUUUUAUCGAAAAUUCGCCACAAGAAUAUCAUUCAAUUUUACGGUGUUUGCAAAUCCACCGGAAGCGACUAUUUCAUUGUUACCGAAUGCGCAGAAAACGGCUCACUUUAUGACUAUAUUCACAACGAUUCGUCGGAAAAUGGAUACUCGUUUGAAUUUGUCAUCAAAUGGGCAAAAGAGAUUGCCAACGGUAUUCAAUACCUUCAUUAUGACGCCGUAGAUACCAUAAUUCAUAGAGAUCUGAAAUCGAAAAACGUGGUUCUCGACGCGAAAUUGAUAUGUAAAAUAUGUGACUUCGGCACUUCCAAAGAUCUUACGCACUCGUGUACAGCGCCGUCUUGGGGCGGCACCGCCGCAUGGAUGAGUCCGGAGAUGAUCCUCCAAAACGAGAAUCUGACGACGGCGACCGACGUGUGGAGCUAUGGUGUUGUGUUGUGGGAGAUUCUGUCGCGAGAAGUGCCGUACAAGGAUUACAAGGAGUUUCGAAUAUUCUCGAUGAUCACACAGAACGGCAUCACGUUGGCGAUACCGGAGAGUUGUCCGCAGCCGUUGAAACAAAUCAUGACGGAUUGCUGGAAAAUGAAUUCGAAAGAGCGUACGGGAAUGCGUCGGAUUCUCGCGGAUCUCGAGCGCAUUGAGAAGAACGCCGCGUCGAUGAGCGAAUGCGGCCAAUUCAUGGACCACAACGACUGGAAAUCGGAGAUCGAGAAGCAGUACAAACGAAUGGAGCAGAUGAAACGCGAGUUGGAGAAGCGGAGAGAGAUGCUCGAGUUGCGCGAGCGCGCGUUGACGCGACGAUUCAAUCUUGAGCACGCGAUUAUAGCGUCGAGUCGCCGUCAGCCAGAAGACGUCCAACAAUGGAGCGAGCAUCACACGUCGUAUUGGAUCGAGACGGUGUUGUCGAGAGUCGAGAGCGACGCGAAGUUCGUCGAGCGAAUCAAAGCGGCCGUGUUCAAGCAUCGCAUCACCGGCGCUCGAUUAUUGGAGAUGACGAAGAACGAUCUCGAGUUCAUCGGCAUCCACAAAUUGGGCUCGCGAAUGGGUUUGAUGAGGGAAAUUGAGAAAUUGCGCGAGACGCAAAAUGUGAUCUCGAAUUUUCCGACACUUCAGCAGGCGAGAAAAAUCGAGAUGAAGCUGAAGACCGAAAAAGAGACGGCCGCCGUUUUUGGGCCGCACGACGUCACCAUCGCGAUCAUCGUCGGAAUGUACAUUCGGCGAGUGUCGGGCGAUCGGCGAAAAUUCAAAAUCUACGUGGAUUCGGAUUGGGCCGACGAUGUCGAUGAGUACUUCGAGGGAUGUCGAGGCAAUCAAUCCACGACCGCCUCAUUCAUGAAGUCGGUGUGCUUCUCAAUCAUCGACGAGCAUUCAAUGAGGCCGAUCGUCGAGCCGACGUGCGCGGUUCCGACAGGAAUGGCUUGCACACAAGACUGGAUCAUUGUCGAUGAUCCGGACGAUGUGCGGAUCAAGUGUCUCGUCAAUAUAUGCUUCGCCGACGCGGUGACCGAGCCGCGCAAUUCGGAGAUCGUCGUGCAGCUCACCGCUUUGGAGACGUGCGAGAUUCUCACCGAGAAGGUGACGACACUGAAGUUGCGACGAACGUCGACGAGCUCGUCGAGCCUAUCGUCGCCGGGCUCCGUCAACGGAUUUCAGCACGCAACGAGCUCGCCGCAACUUCGCGGGUUUUGGCACCGGAAGGCGCACGGAUCGAGGCACGGACUCACCGAAUUCGAGUUGUCGAGCCUCCAGGAGAAUAUGUUGGGCCAUUCUGAAGAUCAAUCUCCACCGGGUCGAGGACGAACGAAACGAUCGACGACAGUGCACGGCGGCAAUGACAAAUGGAAGUGGAAGGGAAAAGGCGAGAAGCCGAAAUUUUUCUAA